AUGACUUUGGUUAAUACUUUUGAAGAGCCUUUUGGUGAUAUAUAUCCUCAUGGUGUCUGGAAGCAACUCAGUAUAGGAGUUAAUGAAAAGAUAAAUGAUAGUGUUGUCACCCUCGCUUCAUUUAAGGGAGAUGAAAGAUUCUUUGCAUGCUCUGGAACUUUCAUUGACUGGGAUGGUAGAUUUCAAGAUAAUGGAUGUCAGAUUAUUCUGACUUCAGCAUGCUUGGUUAGGAAUCCUGAUUAUCCUGACGAUGAGGGAAACAAGAUUGUUGAUGGCUUGAGGAUUAAAGUGUCGUUACCAGGCACGAAACACACGAAACCGAAACAGAGAAAAGGGACCUUAAUACAUUAUAGUCUGCAUUAUAAUGUGGCUCUAGUCAGUGUCAAGACAUCCAAUGCUGUAUAUCUUCCAGUUGUUAGACAUGCUCGAGGAAAUCUGUGUUCUAACAAGUUAGUAGUUGCUGUGGGGCGUGGCUUCAAAUCAGGUGAUUUAAUGGCUUCAAGUGGGAAACUGGCUCCCCACUGGUCUGGUCCUUUUGAUUUCAAAAGGCUUCUAUACUCUACAUGUAGAAUAAAAAAGGCUGGGAUUGGAGGGCCCCUUGUUGAUGCUGAAGGGAACUAUAUUGGCAUGAACUUCUAUGACCAAAACGUGGGCAACCCGGUCCUGUUUUGUGAUGAUAUUGUUGAUAUCCUGGAUCGUUUUAAGAAAGGGUAUGUCUAG